AACAAUGCAACAAAUAAGUUGCAAAUAAAUUUCUUAUUUGCAGAAUGGCUUCUGCAAUAAACUCACCCGUUUUAUCCCUCUACAAACCCCCCAAAUUUAUCAACCCUUCAACGCGCUUUUCGCAACGUGAUUAUCAAUUAAGCAGCUUCAGAACAAGCAUUGAAUCAAAAAGCUACAGAAAGAGAGCAGUAAUCACGUCCGUGUUGCCACUGGGAGUUGAUCCAUGGGCUCCUUCCAUUGAUUCACAGAGUAUCGCUUCUCAACUAUUCGCAUUUUCUCUGUUUCCUUACAUCGGUUUCUUAUACUUCCUCACCAAAUCCAAAACUUCCCCUAACCUCACUCUAUUCGGUUUCUACUUUUUGCUUGCGUUUGUUGGCGCCACAGUUCCAGCUGGAAUUUAUGCUAAGGUGCAUUAUGGAACUUCUUUGUCCAAUGUGGAUUGGUUACAUGGUGGAGCUGAGUCCCUUCUCACUCUCACUAACUUGCUCAUUGUGUUGGGUUUGAGAGAGGGUAUCAGAAAAGCUGGAAAUUCGGAGGAAAACACGACUACUCCCGACUCAGGAUUGAAGGAGAAGUAACCUAAAAUGAAGGUCUGAUAUUUGGAAUCAUUAUUCUUAUAAUUGCCAGUGUUAUAACAAUUUAUUCCACUGUGACAAAAGUUGAUCCAUGUAGCCGACCCCAGUGAGUGGGAUAAAAUUUGAUUGUUGUUGACUCAGAUAUUCUUGGCUGUGGUUUAUGAUGUUGUCUUAAAGAGUCACUCACACUUACCAUCCUCUGGGUGUUUUGUAAAUAAAUUCUGUAUUUUGUAUGAUUUAUCAUUAAUUGGAAUGAAAUAUUGAAUUUUGAUGUGCAA